AUGACUGCUCGGAUUGCCAUUAUUGGAGCCGGAGAGGUCGGCGCUGCCACGGCGUUUGCACUCCUGCGCGGCUCCCUCUACAGCGAGCUGCUGCUCGUCGACGUGAAGCCCGAGAAGCGAGACGGCCAGGUGCGGGACCUGUCGGACGCGUGCUACGCUGAAGACAGCACCACUCGCGUUCGGGCCGGGACGCUCAAGGAGGCUGGCGAAUGUGACAUUGUGGUCAUCACCGCUGGGUCGAAGAGGACAAGAGGCGAGACCUCGCUUGAGCUGGUGGAGAGGAACGCGGCCAUCCUCGAGAGGAUCAUCGACUCAAUGAGGCCGUUCCGCUCGGACCUGAUCCUGCUUAUCGUGUCACACCCGGUCGAUGUGCUCACGACGCUGGCUCAGCGACUCUCGGGCCUUCCAAAAUCCCAAGUGAUAGGCUCAGGCACGUUCCUGGACACGGUCCGACUGCGCAGAAUGCUUGCGAAUAGAUUCGAGAUCGCACCCGGCCCGAUCAACGCCUACGUCCUAGGCCAGCACGGCGACUCGCAGUUCGUGGCGUGGUCGCACGCGUCCGUCGACGGGGUGCCGAUCGACGAGGCUCUGCCCCCGCAGCAGCCGCAGGACCUCCAGGCCCUCGCGGACGAAUGCCGGCGCGAGGGCCAGCGCAUCGUCGACGCCAAGGGCGCCAUCGCCUUCGGCAUCGCCGCCGUCGUGGCCAGCAUCUGCGCCUCCAUCCUCUUCGACCGCCGCGACGUCCGCCCCGUCAGCCACAUGCAGCCCGAACUGGGCUGCUGCCUGAGCACACCCGCCGUGUUGGGCAGGCGCGGCGUCGUCAAGACGCUGCCCUUGCCUCUGUCGGCCGAGGAGAGGGCCAAGUUGGCCCAGUCUGCCGAGAACGUGCGCGAGUCGGCGCAACAGCUGCUGAGUCCGUAA